AUGACUUCGAGAUUUCCAACGCCAGAGGAAUUCGCAUCGUUUCCACCACCGAACUAUGUCGAUCCAGUCAAUCAGUUGCCAUUAGCGAUGGCUGUGGCGAUUCCCAUGACUGUUUUAGUCAUUGGCUUCAUAUCCUGUCGGUUUUACUGUCGAACGGUUCUCGUCAACACACUGGGUUGGGAUGACUGGGCGAUGCUAGUUGCAGCCAUGAUGUCUGUUGGGAGCAACAUCAUGCUCAUCAUAUCUAUGCUGCCAGAAUACCAGAUGGGCUACCAUCUAUGGGAUAUUCGUCCAUUGCGACUUUUCGGCACUAUGAAGGCUGCACAAAUGGGCAUGUCAAGUCAGCUGCUCUUUACUGCCAUUAUAACUUUUAUGAAGGUUGCUAUUCUUCUGACGUACAUACGUAUAUUCCCGUCAAAGCUGGAUAAGUGGUUCUGCCGCUUGAUGAUCUUCUACACGGUAUCUUUAAACACGGCCUGCUUUUUCGUUACCCUCUUCCAAUGCUCACCAGCAAGCACCUAUUGGGAGAUAUUCAAAUACAUAAACACAGCCAAAUGCCUCAACAUCAAGGCGAUCUACUACUUCCACUCGGCGCAAAACACGUUCAGCGACUUUGUCAUCUUCCUGUGGCCUGUGAGGAACCUUUUGAACGUUCAAGUAUCCUUCCGUCAACGCGUGACGUUGACGAGCAUGUUUUCGCUUGGUGUUAUUGUUUGUAUCGCAGGUGUUGUGCGACUGUACUAUACCCAUCUAUACUUGGUAUCCUUCGAUGUCUUCUGGUACGGAGCCACUACCUUCAUCAUCAUGUCCGUGGAAAGUGGCGUCGGUGUCGCGUGCGGCUGUCUCCCAGGCUGCAAACCGCUUUUGAACAAAUUGUUUCCACGCGCAUUCGGCAACACGUCCCUGUCAUCGUCUCGCCGUCGCCCGUCGACGAAUUUCCUUGCGGGCAAGCUGUCUUCCACUUCGGCCGCAAAAUCCGAGCAGGGGUCAUAUCGCAUGCAACCUCUCCAUUCCCGUCCCGAUAACCGACGCGGUACAACGCUAGAGAAGCGACAGCAGUCAGAUGUUGAGAAGCAGCUUCCUGCGCCACUACAACCGUCGAACCAGGGUCUGCGACCACCCAGUCGAGCGGCCUUUACUGGACGGAGACAAGGGGACGCAUACACAGAGCUGGAAAGUAAUGGAAGUAAAUCGAGUAUAGAGAUUUUCCUUUUGCAGCGUAAUUGA